AUGCAUUUCAGCAAGCCACUCCUUAUUCUAGCCGGCCUAGAGAGCUUCUGCGCUGCGGGAAUCUUCUCUGCCGAUGCAGACCGUGACUUCUCGGUCUGGGGCCGAUCCUCACCUUCCAGCGCCAGCCAUAAGCUCGGUAGGAGGGUUGUUCGCCGACGUCUGAGCAGCAGGCAGUCUGGAUGGAAUCCACCGACGGAUCUGGCCACUCCGCUGAAAGAAGUGUGGGACCACACCUUGGAGACCUACAACAACGGUGAUCCCUUUGGCUUCAAGAACUAUGGAUGGGACCAACUGAAAGCGACCAAUGGCGCUCUGAACUACUGUGUCCGAUGGGAGUCAGACACAUCCGUAACACAGUCCCAGCGCGAUCAGAUCGCCACGGCAGUCAAUGAGCAGUACCAGAAAUGGUUUGAGAAGGUGUACGGCUACGACAACUUCCCUUACUCCAACAUCAGCGUCAACGUGGUUGGCUGGGCCGUCAAAGACACCAGUCUGCUGGAGGGAUCCACCGAGGGCCUGGACGUCUACACAGACGUCGACUCUGAGGGAAUCCCGCAGUGCGCCGAGUCGUGCGGCCGCUACUUUAACCAAGGAGGCGACUACAGCGGCUGCUCCGGUGGUGCUGACAGGCACUACGACCAGUCACUUUGGUUGACGGACGGCAUGGGGGGCGGUGCUGGCGGUGAUUGGGGUCAGCGGAUUGGGUCGGAAUACCUUCUGCAGGCACUUGGCUCUGAGAACAUUCACAUCCUUCUUCAUGAGAUGGGGCACACAUUCGGUCUAGACGACUUUUAUGACUGGACACCAACUGGUGUGGAGUCGUUCAUCAUGCUUGCGGGCGCGGCGCAGGAGGUGACUGAAUUUGAUGGGUGGAUGCUUCGCAACUGGUGGUAUGAGCUGUCGCGGAACAGGGGCUGGCAGUCUUAA